AUGGACGGAGGAAGAGGAUGGACGACAGCGGAAGGAAGGACGGAUGGACGGAGGAAGAGGAUGGACGACAGCGGAAGGAAGGACGGAUGGACGGAGGAAGAGGAUGGACGACAGCGGGAAGGAAGGAAGGAAGGAAGGACGGACGGACGGAGGAAGAGGAUGGACGACAACGGGAAGGAAGGAAGGACAGACAAAGAGGAUGGACGACAGCGGGAAGGAAGGAAGGACAGACAAAGAGGAUGGACGACAGCGGGAAGGAAGGACGGACAAAGAGGAUGGACGACAGCGGGAAGGAAGGACGGACAAAGAGGAUGGACGACAGCGGGAAGGAAGGAAGGACAGACAAAGAGGAUGGACGACAGCGGGAAGGAAGGAAGGACAGACAAAGAGGAUGGACGACAGCGGGAAGGAAGGACGGACAAAGAGGAUGGACGACAGCGGGAAGGAAGGACGGACAAAGAGGAUGGACGACAGCGGGAAGGAAGGACGGACAAAGAGGAAGGACGACAGCGGGAAGGAAGGACGGACAAAGAGGAUGGACGACAGCGGGAAGGAAGGACGGACAAAGAGGAUGGACGACAGCGGGAAGGAAGGACGGACAAAGAGGAAGGACGACAACGGGAAGGAAGGACGGACAAAGAGGAUGGACGACAGCGGGAAGGAAGGACGGACAAAGAGGAUGGACGACAGCGGGAAGGAAGGACGGACAAAGAGGAUGGACGGACAAAGAGGAAGGACGACAGCGGGAAGGAAGGAAGGACGGACAAAGAGGAUGGACGACAGCGGGAAGGAAGGAAGGACGGACAAAGAGGAUGGACGUCAGCGGGAAGGAAGGACGAACGGAGGAAGAGGAUGGACGACAGCGGGAAGGAAGGACGAACGGAGGAAGAGGAUGGACGACAGCGGGAAGGAAGGACGGACGACAGCGGGAAGGACGAAUGGACAGAGGAAGAGGAUGGACGACAGCGGGAAGGAAGGAAGGACGGACGGACGGACGAAGAGGAUGACGACAGCGGGAAGGAAGGACGGACGAAGAGGAUGACGACAGCGGGAAGGAAGGAUGAAGAGGAUGACGACAGCGGGAAGGAAGGAUGA